UUAAUAAUUUUUCUUUUAUUUCAGGUUAAAUUGCAUGAAUAUGGUGUGCUGGUACGCUGCAACUGAUAUUCAGAGUAGAGCACACCCUCCAGAAUUGUAAACUGUUGUCUAUAGAGAUGGAGCACAACUGUGUUGAAACUAUAAUAGAGGAAGUGCAUGAUUUUGUGACUAAUACCUCAGGUGAAUUUGUGACAAUACCUCACUCUAUUGUGACGUCUGUAGACAUUGACAGCAUGAACACUGUGGUUUAUUCACAAGGCCCUGAUGAAAUCAUCAUGGAAGGAGAUGAACUUGUGGAGCCAGAUAUAUCAGGAGCAGUAUGUACAGAUGAAAGUCAAGAGUUAGUUGAUAAAGUUUCACCUCACCAAGUGAUGCACAUAGAUUUGGGAGAUGGGGAUGCUAGCUUUGAUCAUCAGGGAAACUGCGAAAAUGAACUGAUAGUUGGAAGAAUGAUAGAAGAUUAUUCACUGAUUGUUGAUGGUACAGAUUCAGAUCAACCAGGUUAUAUUGCCAUGAAACCUCACAGUAUGGGAGAAGUUGUGCUAGAUUCAAAAAAUGAACAAGUGAUUAUGGAAGAAACUGUUGGGGAUGAAAUGAUUGUAGAGCAGAGCAUUGAAGUAGGUGGUGAUGGGGACAAUUCUCAUGGUGAGAUCAUUUUGGUACCCAACAGCAUGAUAAAACAAGAGGAUAUAAUUGAGGGAGGUGAGGUGGUAGUAGGUUCUUCAGUAGGUAAUGAAAUUAUCAUUGAAGAUCACCUUGGAAGCAGUCGAUACAUGAUGCCAGAUGGCUUUGGAGUUAGUCUAGAUGGAACAGGUUUUGAUGAUUCUAGACUGGUUAUAGAUACAGAGAAUAUUAAAAUGGAGGAAACACCUACUGUAGGUUACGACUGUGGUGAAUGUGGUGCAAUGAUGAAGAGUCGAGCUGCUCUGAAAAAACAUAUAAAAGGUUACCAUUCCAAGGGGAAAACACCUAAAGCCAAGAGAUCUAAAAAUAUUGAUGUGGACAGCUCACCAAACAGCCAAAUAUAUAGUUGUCCGUCUUGCUCAUACUCCUCUCAGCGACGUGAUAAGUUGGAUAAACAUAUGCAGAAACAUGUUUUACAAGAAGGCUACCAUCCAUGUGGCAAGAAACGACAUAAACCUGAGACACCUCCAUUACGAUACAAGCACAAUGCAGAGGAAUACAAAUGCUCUCUUUGUCCUUAUACUUGCACUGUGUAUAAAGCUCUCAGGAAACAUCAGAAAGUGCAUAACUCUGGAAAUAAGUACUUCACAAUUAAAGUCAGCUGCAAAAUUUGUGGUAAAGACCGUCCCACAGAAGCAGACUUGGAGAAACACAUGAAGAAACACCGAAAUGAUAAACAUUUUUUGUGUGACAUCUGUAAUUUUGCUAGCAUCCAGCUAAAAAAGAUUAUUCAACAUCGUAGAAUGCACACUGGUGAGAAACCCCACUUGUGUCCUCACUGCACAUACCGAUCAGCACGUAGAGACAAUCUGCGAUCACAUGUUCGAAGAAUGCACAAAAGAGAAAAUGUUUACAUAGAUACUUUUAACCCAGCAGAUGAACCACCUAAGGAAUAAUUCCUGAAAAUACCAUACAUAAGUUUUAGCAACUGAAAUGCAGGGGUAUAAAAGAAAAGUUUGGAUCUAAAAAAUAACCCCAGUGUGAUUAUAAAUUGAAUUUAGUUAUUUGUUUUUCUUUCUGUUAAUUUUUAAUUUGUUUAAGUCAUAUGUUACAUAAAUGUUUGUUGUAUUUUGACCACAAGGAAAUUAAUGUUGUAUAUACAUAUAUAUAGUUGUGUAAUCAUAUUAGUUGGUAAUUCUUUGUUAUUAAGUAUGCUGUAUACAUAAUUCAUCUACCUUUCAUCUUUAUGCAAAGCACGUCUAAACUUUUUAGUCUUGUACUUUUUAUUCCAAAAGAUGUCAGAAUAAAUUUCUUGCCACUUUUA